CCAGCUAUAAAAAGCGUCUGCCCCUCUGAUAUUUUUGGUUGAAAUUCAUAGAACACAACAACAACAAAAUCAUGUUGAAUCAUAAAUUGCUGUGCUGCGCCUGCUUCCUGCUCCUGCUGGCUGCCAUUGGCAGCGCCAAUGAACCGGAGCCGGCGGCGGCGGCGGAGCUGCUGAAGCACAUCAAUCAACAGAAUCUGAAUGGAGCGGGUCAGUACAAGCACGAGAUUGAGGUAGACAAUGGCAUCAGGACAUCGGCCCAGGGCAAUGUGAACGGUGUGCAGGGGGAAUACGAACUGCCCGGCGAGCAUGGGCCCAUACAUGUGACCUAUACGGCCGACUCCACGGGAUUUCAUCCGCAUAUUAAUUAAACUUGUUUAUCAAAUAAAAUUGAGAUGAAA